CAUCCAAAAUACUAACGUAUGCAUACUGCAAUAGAAGCGGGAAAUGAAAAUUAUUUGUCCGUCCACCAUUUCUGGUGUCUCCUCUGGAUUCUGUGCCUGUGGAUACUAGCUAGCUAGGGCUUUUCAUUCCUAGAUUAAUCGGCGUCAGCUUGCUCUUGAUUCCGAUAGUGUGCGUCGAAGUUUCAACAACAAAAAUAGUUUAUCAGGCUAACCAUGCCGCCGCGUCCCGGCAAAUUACUGGAAGAAAGGCUGGCUGCGGCUGGCUGCAUUCUCAUUCAGCCUCCCCCCUCCACCGUCGAACUCUUGACCCUUCUGGGUCAAAUCGAGGUACUUUUAUCAAAAGUGGAGCAGUCGCUUGCCAAAACCAUGUGGGAUGCUCUUUCCCGGCUGAUUAAUGCCCUGGCUGCAUUAAAGCUACUAAAGCAUUCUCAUGAAGAUGUAAAAGUAAGUGUUGCUCUUUGUAUAAGUGAGAUAACCAGGAUUACUGCACCGGAAGCUCCAUACGACGAUGAUAAAUUGAAGAUACAUCAACCCGAUCUCUUAAGAAGAGGAUCACUAUUCUUAAAAUUAUGGCCAAAAGUCAGAUCGUGGGUCGUCAUGUUGGAUUUUGGAUUUGAUCAGAUUAUUAUUGACAUGUUUCAAUAUUUUCUUAAAGGCAUUAGGGAUUAUCAUACUGAAGAUAUAUUUUCAUAUAUGGAGAUAAUUAUGAAUCAUGUUCUAUUAGGAAAUGAAGAUAUUUCCACAGAUCUACUCGGACCAAUUUUGGCUACUUUGAAAAAGAAUAAUAAGGAUGCGCGUAUAUGACGUUUUUCCAGCUGCAAAGAAAUUGGCUGUGACAGUUAUUCAGAAUACAGCUGACAAGAUGCGACCUUAUUUGACGCAAGCAAGAAAAUCUUUAGGUGCUUCUGUGUGUGACUUUUUAUGAAGUUUUAUCCUCUAUUUGUCGAGAGGAUAAUGGUUUAGACAAGCAUGACAGUCUGCACGAUAUCCAUCAACUGGAAACUAUGCCAAGUUUAAAUGCAGCAAGGGGUUCAGAGAACCUGGAAGAAACCACAAGAGCCACGCAUGGUUCGCCUAGUGCGACUUUCUCGUCAGGCCUGGUUUGCAGGGUAUUAGGUUCGGUCGGGGGUUUACCCACUUUGCACUUUCGGGUAGCGGCUACGGGUUCCCACGUCAUCCAAAAAAAAAAAAAGAAAGCAAGUUCCAGAGACAAGGAAGUUUUGGAAAGACAAUGGUUGAGGGCACUGGAGAAGCUGAGCAAGCUAUAGUUGAGGUAAGUCAGCCGGAGCCUAUCUCACAACACAAUCUGGUCGGUGUAGCACCCUCUGAACCAACUUCGCAGAGAUAUCAGGCUACUGAAGAGCCACAGAAACCCAAAAUUACGUCUGAAGCAACAGAUGUGGCUACUGAGGAUCCAUCUGGUAAUUUGAUGAUGCAGGAUAGUAGGCAGAUUUAUAAAACCGCUGUUGGGCAAUCUACUCCAGCCUCUGUUCAUUUAGAAAUCGUCCAAACAUCCACUACGGUUGUGACCACUGCUUGGGAUGUGGAAGAAGAAUUGGCCGCAGCAGAACGAGCCUUGGAAGAACAGGAGGCUGCUGUGUCUGCCAAGAAAGCUGCAUUGGAAAAACUGAAAGAGAAGGCCAGAAUUCGUAAGGAGAGGUUGCAUAAGUUGACUGAACUGCUUAAGCGAUGGCGUACAGCAAGGAGGAUUCAGAAGCAUGCUCGACGGAUGAUUCAAUUCAGAAUGAUGUUGACGGAAGUCGUGAGUACCUUAUUGGAUACGCGUAUAACCUACUGGGAAUUACGAAGAGGACUCAGGCAUCGCAGUCCUGAUAGGCCAUUUAUUCCUGAAAUCCAAGUGGAGCAUUUUGUAUGUGAUCGAAAUGUAUGCUCUACUGGCCCAACGCAGAAGCUUGAAGUUCCAGAAUCCAUUCUACAUAAAGCAGUGAAGUCGGAGGAUGUGGCAGUGCAAGAAGAACCUUUUCAGACAUUUGAGGAAUCGGAUCCCCAACCUUCGGUACCAAUUGGUUUAACUUCAGGUUCUGCGAUCUUGCAACGACUUGAUCAACUGGAGGCUCAAGCUGCUGCUCUGCAAAAUGGGCUGGCUGACUUGCGAGGUGAAGUUCAUUCUGGAAUCAGUCACCUGGGAGCAGGAAUGGAUGAUUUACGAGCACAAUUGAGCACCAUCAUGGAUGUGGUAUCCCAAAUUAGCGGACAUUUUGCAAAGUAAUUUGCAGGUUUAUUUAUGUUGAAGUAGCUUUUGAGCAAGAAGUAAUGUGACUUGCCGUCUUAAAGAUGGGAUCAACAAAUGUCGAAUGUAAGGAAGUUGUAUGUUUCUUGAAAGUAUAUUAUGGCGAAUGAAUCCAUAGGUGUUGCACCAACACAAUGACAGCCAAUAAACUGAACCUGGGGGAAAACGUUGUGCAAUUCUUCUCUUUGUGAGACAAAGAAGAGUAUGAUGCAAUUCUUCUAGAGUUUUUCGAAUUUUAUUAUCA